AUGCAGCGGUCCCCGGGCUCCGAGUUCGGCCUCGUCCUCCUGCUGCUCGCGGUGCUGCCUGACUGUGCGCGGGGGACUCCCUGCGUCCGCGGGCGCGGAGAUUCUCACUCUGUUCACUAUGAUUUCAACAUUUCUUUUAAUGAACCAUGGUGCAUGGUCCAAGGACAGAAGGAUGGAAAGAAGUCUCUUUUAUAUGACUGUGGCAGCAAUAAGGUCAUAUUUAUGAAUCUCCUGAGAGAUGAGGGAAAGGCCACGGAUUACUGUAAAGUAAUGCUCAGUACCCUGAACGAUGUGCGUGACCAUAUCAAACCAUUACUGACUGACAUUAAACAGGAGAAAUACCCAGAUGGAGUUUCCCAUGGGGACUGUGGGGCAGCUCCUUUCACCCUGCAGGUCAGGAUGACAUGCCUGUGCAAAGCCGACGGAAGCACCAGUGGAUCCUUGGAGUUUUCCUUGGGUGGAGAGAGGUUCCUUACCUUUGACUCUGAGACAAAAGAGUACAGAGCGGAUAAUUCCCUAGGUGAACGGCUGAAAAAGAAGUGGGAGAAUAAUGUGGAUUUGAACACAUUCUUGAGAUACACCUUAAACGGAGAUUGCAAGGGAUUGUAUCAAUGCUCGCUGCACUGGAAGAAAGAGCUGGAGACAACAGGUAACGGGAGACAGGGAAGGUGUUGUUCUCUUGAGAUAAGCUAGACCUACCCUUGUGUGAAUGUGUGUGUGUAAGAGUGUGUGUAUGUGUGUUUCAGCAUGUAAGCGUGUGUGUGGAUGGGUGUGAGUAUGUUUGAAAAGUGACGAAUCUGCGGCGAGUUCUUGGGAGAGUAAUGGCCAUGGGUGUGUUCUACCAUCUCUCCUUUCCCUUCUCAUCUCCUCAGGAAUCUGUUUUCAGACUUGUUCCUUACUGUUCCCUCUUCUUGGAAUCACUUUUCUUCAUUUCUCCUGGCCUAUUUCUGGAAAUCCUUCAAUAUCACCUCAAAUCAGCUCCUGGGAAGACUUCCGUACCACCUUCCUCUUGAGUGUCCUCCUCUUCUGUCACAGCAGGAGUGACUGGGUAGAUUGUAACCCUUUCUUCCCCCAUUAGCUCUGUGAGUCCCUUUGAGACAGGGCCCAUCUCCAUUCUUUGUUCCAACCCAGGAUCUGUCACAGUGGCUGCCUCACUGAAA